GGCAGCAUUCAUCCAGGCAGCAUUCAUCCAGGCAGCAUUCAUCCAGGCAGCAUUCAUCCAGGCAGCAUUCAUCCAGGCAGCAUUCAUCCAGGCAGCAUUCAUCCAGGCAGCAUUCAUCCAGGCAGCAUUCAUCCAGGCAGCAUUCAUCCAGGCAGCAUUCAUCCAGGC